GAACAUUUUACAUAAAUAAUUAUUAAUUUAUUGUUGAACUUACGCUUUGAUUGUUGAUGUGAGAAGCUGAAAUUGGCCGCAGCGCAAAUAACACGCGUUGAUUUCAAUUCGUAAACAGUAAAAGUCUUGUUAAUUUCGCAUAGAGAAUUAAUGGCAGCGCAAAUGAAAAAAAAGUGAAGCUAAAGCGCAAAUAUCACAUAGCCUCGAGUGAAUUAACGUGAAUACCGUACGAGUGCUUGUGUGUAAGUGUGAUUGUGUGUGUGCGUGCGUGUUAGAAUUCGCAAUUUACGUAAAAACAGAAUAAACCUUUUAUCAGCAAUAAUAAAUUUGAUGUUCUCGAGCCUGAAUCGCAGCAGCAAAUUGAACAAGUUCUUGCAGCUACUUGCGCGAUGGUUUUUUGUCUUGUAAUUGUCUAAUUGAAACAAGCACGGAGAUUAUUAUAAGCAAUAUUCAAUUUCUGCGAGAGCUUUUCGACGCUUUUGUGUGUGCGGAUUUCUAUAAACCAAAAACAAUAUCGUUUGGUGGUCUGUCUGUCGCAGCUGUUGGUAAGCAGAGAAAUAUAAAAAGCUGAGCGCGUAUUAUGGAUAACGAGGCGUUAGAAACAACAACAAACACGACAGCAGCAGCAGCAGUGACGAACACAACAGCGGCAGCAACAGCGGCGACAAAAAACGAAACGGCCACAAAUAACAACAACAAUAAUAACAACAACACCACCACCAGCAACAGUAGCAAAGUCACAGCAGCAGCAUCCGCCACUAACGGUAUCAAAGAGAAUAACAGUAACUUUAGUACAAUACCAACAACAACAGCAUCAAGCACAGCAGCCACCAUACCAAUUGUGGUGACCAAUACAACAUCGGCAGCCGCUAGUGGCGUCGGCGGUGGUGGUGCAACCAACUCUUUGCCGGGCUCAGGCACAGGUGCCGCCAGCACCAACAGCAACGAGGCUAACAAAGACAAGGACACACCACCGCGCGAUGGCCCGCCACCCACGCCGAUUAUCAAGGGCAUAAACUUGACUGCCACACCGCUGGUCCGCAAGGAGAAAAAGCAGAUCAGCGCACGCUAUAAUGUCUCCAAGAAUUGCGAAUUAACGGCACUGAGUCCGCUUAAUGAAAAAACGCCCGCUGCGGAACGUGAAGAGCUAUUCCUACAAAAACUUAGACAAUGCUGUACGCUGUUCGAUUUCUCCGAACCGUUGAGCGAUCUAAAAUGGAAGGAAGUCAAACGAGCCGCUCUCCACGAAAUGGUAGAAUUUCUAUCCAAUCAGAAUGGCGUCAUCACCGAGCUUAUCUAUCCGGAGGCAAUCAAUAUGUUUGCCGUAAAUUUGUUUCGCACUUUGCCACCAUCAUCAAAUCCCAACGGCGCCGAAUUUGAUCCCGAGGAGGAUGAACCAACGCUGGAGUCCUCAUGGCCACAUUUACAAUUUGUUUACGAGCUAUUCCUGCGCUUCUUGGAAUCCCCAGAUUUCCAGCCAAAUAUUGCUAAACGUUAUAUCGAUCAUCAAUUUGUAUUACAACUGUUGGAUUUAUUCGAUUCGGAGGAUCCGCGUGAACGUGAUUUCCUUAAGACUGUUUUACACCGCAUCUAUGGCAAAUUCUUGGGCUUGAGGGCAUUUAUUAGAAAACAAAUAAACAAUGUGUUUUAUAGAUUUAUCUAUGAAACGGAGCACCAUAAUGGCAUUGCCGAACUGUUGGAAAUCUUAGGCAGCAUUAUCAAUGGCUUUGCUCUACCACUUAAAGAGGAGCACAAACAAUUUUUACUUAAGGUGUUGCUGCCAUUGCACAAAGCAAAAAGCCUCUCGGUGUACCACCCACAAUUGACCUACUGUGUGGUGCAGUUUCUUGAGAAAGAUCCCAGUCUAUCCGAGGCGGUUAUCAAAAGCCUGCUCAAAUUCUGGCCGAAAACCCACAGUCCCAAGGAGGUAAUGUUUUUGAAUGAGUUGGAGGAACUGCUGGACGUCAUCGAACCUGCCGAGUUUUCAAAGGUGAUGGUGCCGCUGUUUCGUCAAAUAGCCAAAUGCGUAUCGUCGCCACACUUUCAAGUUGCUGAACGCGCGCUCUAUUAUUGGAACAAUGAGUACAUAAUGUCUCUGAUAGCCGACAACUCGCAGGUAAUACUGCCGAUUAUGUUUCCGGCGCUAAAUCGCAACUCAAAGACGCACUGGAAUAAAACCAUUCAUGGCCUAAUUUACAAUGCACUUAAGCUAUUUAUGGAAAUGAAUCAGCGGCUGUUCGAUGAGUGCAGCAAAAACUACAAACAAGAGAAGCAGCUCGAACGCGAGAAACUGUCCCAACGUGAGGAGCUCUGGCAGCAGGUCGAGAGCUUGGCCAAAACCAAUCCCGAGUGGCCAAAGGUCAGUCGCUAUACCGAUUGCCUGCAGCUAUCCGAUAGUCAAAUCUUAUACGAUCAAUACAAUGAAAAUUGUGAUCUAACCUACGAUAAAUUGGAUCAGUCGAGGCAGCUAACAAAAACGCCACAGAAGCCGCUGCAGGAGCCACGAGAGAUGCAGAUGCGUGGCGAGAGGAACAAGGACAAGCCCUUGAUGCGACGAAAAUCCGAUCUGCCCUCAGACAGCGGCACAGUCCGAGCCCUUAUCGAGCACAAACGGGCCGAUGAGUACUUGAAAUCUUCGCCAGAUGUGAACAACUGUUAGGCGCUGGAACGCUGGCGUUGCAGUAACAAAACCAAGCAAAACAAACACAUAAUUAAGCUUAAAGAAAAUGAUACAAACAACUACAAAAACAAACAAACAAAAAAACACACUCAACAAUAUACAUUAAUUAUAUAUUUUUUAAAGAACACAUACAUAGUAAUCGUUUUGAGCUAUAAAUGUUUCAUGGUUUAUUAUACGAGUAUAUUGUGGCCUUCAGCAUCUAGGCCUAGUUAGAUAGUUUCUUGCUUAAUUUCUAGGCUGUUGUGCGCAGCUUAAAUAUUAUACUACUUAUAUAUAUACACACACAUAUACAGAUACAGAUACAUAUAAAUAUGAAUAGUUGUUAAGAGCAGUAGUAGAAACAACAACAACAACAACAAAACAAUACAGUUAUACAAUAAUGCAUACAUAGUACCAAUAAAAAGCUACAAUCCCA